GGUGCGGGAGGUGGGUUGAUGGGUGUCGAGCUCCCCGAUGGGGAAAAGCCGGAGCUGGGGCCGGGGGUGGGUGAUGGUGAAGCUGCGGGGGCACCUUGGAGUUUCGCCAGACGUUUCAGGCGAAUCUGGAGUAGAUCAUCAGAGGAUGUGAGGCAGAGGACGAGUGGCUGCUUUUACGCGGUCGGCAUCUUCUUGAGGAGUGCUGGUAGACGGAUCACUCAUGCUUUCACCACCGUGUGUGUAUAAUUGACGAAAAUUUAGAUUAUGGAGGUCGAGUGGAAGCAGGUGGAAGCUUUGGCAACUCUGGUCGACUGCCUGAUGGAGGAGCACGUGAUGCCAAAUGCUCUGACACUUUCGGAGGCUCUGCUGUUCUUCCCACUCUCAUCCUCGGUAUCUUCACCAUGCUUGGCGCCCUCCAACACUGCACGUCUAGACUAUGGUCGCUCCGGUCUUUCUCUACAACUCCUGUCGUUGAGGCUGGCUACAAGAUGAAAACCCACUCCGGCGCAAAGAAACGAUGGAGGUCAUCUGUCGGUUCCGGGAAAUUCAAACGCGGUCAAGCCUUCCGCCAGCAUUUGCACGCAAACAAGCCUCCAGCACGAUUAAACAGGCUGGGCAACACCGUGUUUUCGACACCGACGCAGACCCACAAAUUGAAGAAGGUGCUAUUGCCGUAUGGGUCCGGCUAGUGCAAUGGUCACUCGAUGAACCCGCCCACCCGAGCCUAUGUAUCAUUUUGGUUUAGAUUUCAGUCCGAAAAAUCCACGAAUGUCCCUCUGUCGACUGUCCCUUGCCUCGCGUCCUAUCCCUCCUCUCUGCCUCUUCUGUGAGAAUCCCAUCGUCAAUUCCGUCGAUUGUUGUCCCCGCGAGAAUGUACAUACCACGGAGGACAAGUGACUGCACUCAUCGAAGUGGGAUACUCGCACCUGCAGCACUGUCGGCUCGGAGAGACCGACUGGGGGCUUUACCUUGUAUGAGGAGUCUCGUCAAAACCGUGUCUCUCGGGCGCCGCACCUUCUCGCUGAACACCACUCUGACCCAACCGGUGUUGCGCAGUCUCUGGGAAAGAGUGGCAGAGAGGUCCAAGGUCGGGUCGUACUUGGACAGCGCGCGGAUCGCCUCCUUGAUAAACAGACCGUGGCUCACGACGGCGAUAUGCACGGGCGCGCUGGCCUCGGCUUCCUGCGCGUCCUGCACGAAUCGAAAGAGCUCUUCUUCCCACAUCGUCUGCGCGCGCUUCAGCACGUCUUGUAAGCUUUCUCCCUGCGGAAACGAAUCGUAGCGUCCGACAUGCGGGAACCUUCCAGCCACGAAAUGCUGCUGAAGCGUCAGCGCGGGAUCGCGCCUUGACCAGGGUUUCCCCUCUGCUUCGCCAAAGUGCUGCUCCCUGAGCAGCAGAGAAGUCGUCAGGGAAAGGGGGUCCUCCUGCUUCUUCUGGAUCUCUUGAGCAGUCAUAUAAGCGCGUUGUAGGGGCGAGGAGUAUAUAGCUGUGAAUCUGGUUGCGGAAAGCGCGUCGGCGACGGCCUGCGCUUGCUAGACUCCAUGGUUGGUCAGUGUAGCGUCGCGCCAUCCAGCCCAAAGUGAGAGCUAUUCAACGACGUUUCACACAGAUGCGACUUAGCUGCAACUCAGAUGUGCUGCACUGACCACGUUAUCAGUCGACUCUCCAUGUCGGACCUGGGCCAGAACGUUAGUAUUCUUUGUAUUAGUCCUGGGAAGAUAUUUGACAAAAGUAAAAGUCGCCAGUGUCCUAGACAUUGCGCUAACCAAGUGCAGGCAUGAG